CAUCCCGCCAAAAUGCAAAAUGGCCAAGAUUCCUACUCUGGAAAUUAACUGACAAGGAGGGAUUAAUUUGCGUUAAAAACCCCAGCAAACAUUUAUAUUCUUUUUCACGUUGUCAAAAUGGAGAGAGAUCGAGACCUGGCUGAACAACUACGAAGCUGGGCAUUGGACGAAAUGCGAUUUCGACCUCAAGGACGACACUUCAAUACAAGUGUACCAUCGAAGGACGACUUCAAGAUGUAAGUUUCGAUUAAAAAUCUUAUGAUGGAAGGAUUUUGAAUGACUCGUUGCAUUCGAGAUUUACACAUUUUUAUUUCUAGUGGGUCUAGAUCGAGGAAAUUCGAUGGGUGAUGAACAGUUACCCAUCGGUGUGUUUGCAAUAGUAAUCUGUGGUAUAUGCGUGGCAUUGGAGAUGAGAAUUAUCCGUGUACUACGCACAAUUCUCCGGGUGAAGUUUUAGUCGAUUUACUCUUUCCAACAAGUUACACAGACCCUUUACACCGUAAUGUCGGUAUUGUUAUUCUCCACACUUUUUCCUUUACAUUUCCUCUAGUACUCACAGGGAGAAUCUGUUAGAAAAUCAGGAGCUAGCAAAAUCAAUGGUCAUCUCCUCUGUUCUCGUGGCCUCAACUUUUGUUUCAGAGGUGAUACUUUAAGAAGAAAUUUGAAUCCAGUCACUCCGAGGGGUUUAAGAAUUAAUGAGUCAUUAUACCUGUGAUGAAAGAGAAACUGUUGUUGGUAGCAGACGGAUGUGGGUUUUAAACCAAGCUUGUUGUCUUAAAAGUGUAUUGUAAACCUGUAAACCCUUUAACUCCCAAGAUCUCAUUGGUGAUUCUCCCUACUAUCUGCCACAUAGUUUUUGUGAUGUUAGUUUGAGGAAUCUAGUAUUUAAUCAACUAAUAAUCCCCUCAUUAAAAUUUUUCUUUAUUCUCAUCACUUGUCUGCUUCAUAUUGUAUUGAUAUUGUAAGGAGAAAUUCUGUCUUGGUCACUCAUGGGAGUUAAAGGGUUAAAUAGUGCUGGCUAAAUAUAAUUUACAAAACUUCUACAGGUUAUGCCGUGGAGCAAUGGUGGAUGUUUGGAAGUAUGUUUUACAGCAUGUCAGGUCUACAAGGUGAGUGUCAAGAGCACUGAAGUGUUCAGUUUGCCUCACUGUCUUUUGAUCAGUUUUUGUUGUUUUUGAAUGUCAGUAGGGUUCAUCAAAGUCUGAACAUGACCAAGACACCCAAUCUACUCUAUACUUUUGUUUCUAGCUUAAAAAGUAUUUAUUUAAAUGAAUAAAGGGGGUAAGUUUUUAAAGAAACUGUGGUGCUGAAUCGGUGGGGAGGUUUAACAGGGUAAUUUAGUAUUAUCAACUGAGUUGUUAUCAUUAAUUGGCCUCCGUAAAGAGUUUCAAAGCUGAAGUUUGGAGCAUAGCCCCUUAUCAGAGCAAACGACAAAAGGGCUAACACUCCAAAUGUCAGCUUUGAAACUCUUUGAAGUGGCCAAUUUAUGUCAUCAACUCAGUUGAUAAAUUACCCUGUUUAUUUAAAUGAGUUUGUUGUUCAAAGAUAUUUCCCUAUUAGUUGGUAUAUUCUAGAUGUCCAUAUGAAAAGUUUUAAAAUAAAUCAUUUACUUUUUUGAAAUAACAGAACUGUGCAGAAGAUCCAUGGGAAUUUGAAGUUGUAUCCUUUUCUCAUAAAAAAGAUACAUAUUUUUUGCAUGUUAUGUUUCAUCAUAGUGAUAUUAUUUGAUAUCAUAAACCAACACUCUAGAAUGAUGUUGAUGUCAAAGGUGUUGAAUAUUAGGUCAUUGCAAUAGGUCAUAAGAUAUUCUGUAAGCUUGCAACUAACUUCUAGAGGAUGCAUCUUUAAUGGAAAAAAAGACAAGGCAUCGCAUAGUCAGUAUAUCUUAUUACAGACCUUGAGGUGUCAGGACAGCAUCCCUGAAUAAGACAUUAAAAAAAUCAAUUAAAAUUUUUAUUAAGAAUUUUAUGAAUGGCUGGAUGUGUUAACCAUCUCUCAGGAUGCUGCACCUUGACUUAAGCAUAACCUAUAUGAGCAGUGUUGAGUUUGUAAUGGAAACAUGAACAGUUUGCUGUUGGGCUUUCUGUUCUCAGACCACACAAAUUUUGGUGAUUUUUAUCUAUUUGUUUGUAAAGGACAGUUGAAAAUGUACAAAGUUUUGAAAUGCAUGUGCUGAAAUAUCAUUCUACCCAUUAGAAUUUCUGUUUGGCUAUAUCCUUUUUGCUGUUGGGAUUGUUGUUUGCUUAAUUUAAGUCCCUGUCAUCAGGUAGAACUUUACCAUUCUCUCUUCCUAAUAAAAGUCCUUUUCCACCCACAAUUACCCUCCCCUCCCCUCCUUCACACCUUAGCCUGCUGUCUAUUGGCUUUCCCUCAACAUUCCAAUACCUUCACCCCUCUCCUGUACCACCCCCUUAAUUUUUCCUUGUCUUCACAUUUCACCUUUCACCUUGACAUUUUCAAGAGGUUCUUUUUAACCCUUUAACUCCCAUGAAUGACCAAGCCAGAAUUUCUCCUUACAAUAUCAUUACAGUAUCAACCAGACAAGUGAUGAGAAUGAAGGAAAAUAUCAAUUUGGGGAUAAUUAGUUGAUCGAAUGCUAAAUUGAAUCUAACAUUUUAAGAAUUGUAUGGUUGACCGUAAGGAGAAUGACAAACUUGAUCUGCAAGUUAAAGGGUUAAGUGUUGACUGCUGGGAGAGAAACUGGCAACUUUGAAUUCUGGGCACUUUCUUUUAAUGAAAUUAUUUGUGUAAGUUUGAAGCAGCAACUGACUGUUAGGAAAUUUGUAUAAUAAGUGUUGCAUUCUUGUUAUUUAUUUUCCUAAACCACAUUGACAUUUGGCUUUACAUUUUCUCACUAUUUUAGCUCCCAUCUAAUCUUAAUUUAAUGUCAUCUUUUUAUCUUGCUAACUUCCGUGUUAGCUAACGUAGAUGAGAAUGUGCAAACAAGAAUUCAAACCUCUCAAUGUUUGAACAUUUUCAUGCAGAACAUGUAUUCAGGCAACCCCCCAUCACCACUAGGCAACCCCCCCUCUCCCCCCUUACCACCACUCUUCAAAGGCUUGUGCCUUUUUUGAUUGAAUUUUUAGCUGUCCAUGUGUUUUUGUAUGUUCACAUUUCCUUAACAGAAACUAUCUUUAGACAAAAACUGAUCCAUGAACAGGCAGCUCCUGUAGUUGAUAAAGCAGAGGACAGUGAUAAAGGAGAUGUCAAGGGGAAACAUUCUCUGUUAACUAAGGAGCUUUUGGAAGUCAGAAGCAAAGUACAACAUCUGGAAAAAGAAAUGAGGGCCUUGCAGAAGGAGAUUCUUGAGGCUGGUAAUGUGGAACUUUUAUCUCGUGUCUUAGUUAACAAAUAGAGAAGCCAUGACUGUGCUCUGUUCUGUUGCAAAGCAGGCAGGAUGGACUUCAGCAUGAUGGCAGUCACUCUGACACUGUCAUGAUUAGUAUGAAUUUUAACAGUUACACCAGUUUGGCUAUAUUUUUCAUCAUUCCUGUUUUGUUCCUUUUUGUUUUUGAACACGAAACUAUGUAUACUAUAUGAGUGUGACAGCUUCAGCUCAGCUCUAUGUUCUAUACUCUGAUAGAGCACACUCUUUCAAACAAUGACAACGUGCAUUAUAUCCAAACUUGAUUACAACACUUCAUCUCUAUUUUUAAAGUUGCCAUGUUGGUAGGGAAAUGUUGUCUCUUAUCAAUGCAAAGUUACUGAAAAAAGGAACAAGGAAUUGAUAUCUAACAAGAAAUGGAAAAAUCACAAGGCAGGAAUCUGAUUUAAAACAGACAUGAAGUCUGUUGUUAACUUUCCCUAACAGUUUAGCAGUACCCAUUUACAGCCCCUGGUGCUAGGGGUGGUACCCAUUUACAGCCCCCAUUUACAGCUCCUGGUGCAGAGGUCAGCAGUGAGGAGAAAGUUUCCCACCCAAUGAGAGAACAAAAUUACUUACUCAGGGUUUGGAACGGGACUUCUUGACCCUGAGUCUAGUGCAAUGACAACCAGGUCUCCACACUUUCCCCUCUUCUCUUACAACCUACAUCAAUUCUGUUUAAUUUAACUCUAGUUUUAAUUUUACCACAGAGGAGGCAUAUUCUAACACUACCCAGGAAAUUUCUGAUCUAAUGAAAAGAACUACUUUGCUAAGCACCCAUUCCAAGCAGUGCAAACUGUUGGUAGAGUUGUACACAAGCCUUGCUAAACAGAUUAACGAUAAGAGCACAAUUUACAAGGAUAUUGCAAGGUACAGUGUUUCUGAGAUUAAUUAACUGUAUUCAAGAGAGAAAUGAGACAUAUGGCAAAUUUAACCCAAUCGUUUUUCUUUCAACCUCUUAUUCAUUUUUUGUCAAAUGAAAAUAAUUAUAGUUACAUUUAGUAAAUGUAUUUUCAUGAAUAAGUGCCCAGGUGGUUAUUUAAUUUUUUUGGCAAAAUGGGGGGGGGGGCACUCAUUGAAGGGUAGGCACUUAAUUGAAAGGCAUUAUUAAGAAAUUGUUAAGCUGUAGUGAUUAAGCUGUAGUUGAAACUUGAAAACUUAAACAAUAGAAGCAGGGUUUCCUUGUAUCCCUAAGGAAGGGGGUGCUUGUUUGAUAUAUUGGCACUGGGAUAAGUGAUUAUUUGGGGGAAGGCACUUAUUAGAGCAUGGGAGAUUAUUCAAGGAAAUGUGGUACUAUUACUGCCAUGAUUUCUCAUACGUUAAUACUGGCUAGGAUUGGGUUAUGAGUGAAAGUUAAAAAAAAAUUACAAUUCAUCUUGCUAUUUAGGUGCAGAAUGAUAGCUUUAACCUGUGAUAAUUAUAUGGUGAUCCCUAGAAGAAUUUGGGAAUGCUUAACCCUUUAACCCCUGAGAGUGACUAGCAUCUAAUUUCUCCUUACAAUAUCACCCCUGUAUCAAACAUUCAGGUAAUGAGAAUAAACAAAAUAGUCACCAGCUAGAGAAGCUCGGGAUUAUGAAACAAAUUCUCCUCAUCAGCACCUUAGGGAAUGUAUAGGGAACAGUCUGGAGAAUAUGCAUACUGAUGUUAGAGUGGAAAGGAUUAAGAGAUAUCUAAGGUGAUCCAAACUGUUCCGUUAACUCUUUACUCCUUAGCAUCAGUAUUCACAUUCUCCUAACUGUUCUCUUUACAUUUCUACGACACUGUCAAGGAGAAUUUUUUUAACGCGCAAGAGCUUCUCUUGUUGGUGAUCACUUCCUUUAUUCUCGAGACCUUCAUGUUUGAUUCAGGGGUGAUACUGCAGGAAGAAGUUAGAUGCUAGUUACUCCCAGGGUUAAAAUGAUAACACAUGCAACAGAUUAGGAAGAAAUGAUGACAAAGUACUAUUUCAUGAUAUAAGGUUAUCUGUACCUUUUAACCCUUUAACUCCCAAGAUCUGACUGUCAAUUCUCCCCACUAGCUGCUAGGCAUUUCCUUCUAAAUAAGCUCCAAGAAUUUGGUGUUAGAUCAAUAUAACUCCUUCCUGAUAAGUUUGAGUAUUUUCAUAACCUGUUUCUGAAUGAUGUAUGGCUGUCAUUGGGAGAAGUUUCAAGUUGAUCACUUUUGGGAGGGUUAAUUAAGAUGGGAACUAUAAAGCUCAAGAGUUAUCAUCAAAAUAAAAAGGGUCAUCCACAACUUUGUGAAUCUUUUCAUGGAACUCCCAGGGUUAACAGAACAGGUGUGAUGUUUUGGACAUGUAACCUUUUAACCCCCAGAAGUGAUUAAUAUGUAACUUCUCCUUAAAGUAUUCAUUCAGCAUCUAGCAAACAGGUAGCAAGAAUACUCAAACUUAUCAAUUACAAGAUAUCUUAAUUGAACAGCAAAUUUUCAUAACCAAUUUACAAGGAAAUAUGUUGCAGCUAGAGGAGAGAAUUAACAAUUUGAUCUUGGGAGUUAAAGAGUUAAGAUGUCUAUAAUGUAUUGUUUCUGUGUCUUGAUUGGUGAAUUUGCUUUGAUUUUGUUUGUCAUCUUGUUAUUUUACUUUGCUGCAGAAAAAAAUCAGCUGAUCCUACAUAUUAUACAUCACAAGGAAUCAUAACUGGGAGAAAGGAAACCUUUACUGCCACUGAUGGGCGAUCAACUCCUACAGGAUUAGAAUCAGCUUCGACGGUAAGCCAUGAAUGCAAAUUACCCUUUACACCAGACAGCACCACAGCAGCUGUUGUAUAUGUGUAGUACAUGCAAACUGUCUUUUCAGAAUUAACCUUCUUUCAUAUUUUGUUUACCAGCGAUCAGUUAGGGAAUCUUGUGAAAGAAUUGGAUCAUUUUUACAUGAUAUCUGUAAGGCAGAUGAAGAGAAUGGAAGGUAUAUGAAUUGAUAAUUUGUUUGAUAAUUCAUUGUGUAAUUGAUAAUUAUGUUAUUAUGUAAACUACUGUGUUUUACUAGGAUUUUCAUCCUUGAGAAAAGCUGUAACUGCACACCUGUAAAAUAAAAAUAACUUUGCAUGUGUUUGAUAUUGCCAUUCAGCUGCUGGCAGAUCACUCUAUCAGGUUGAUGAAUGAUUGGCAAAGCAGUCACCAUUCUCAAUUUUCUGCCAUUAAAGGCCUAUAAUAAUAAUAGGCUUUAUUUAGAGAGGGUAAAACACUUAACAGUAGCCCUAAGACACUGAUGACUCUGUGGCCCUCAAAAACAAUUAUAAAAUAUGGAUGCUACAACUAAUAACUAUAAAUUAAAAAGAUAAAAUAUAAUAAAUAAUUCGUAUAUACAAAAUUACAGUCUAAGGCGCAUUGCAGCCUUUUGUUCAGCUGGAAAGGAUUUAAAAACGUUGUGCUUAAAACUUGCUAGCGAGCCAUUAUUUCUUAUAUUAGCAUUCAUGCAAUUCCAGUCCUUUAUAGUCCUAAUAGUGAAAGUAUGACCUCCUUCUGAUUUUCGUUUACACUUAGGGCACAUCAGAUUUAUAUUUGAAUGUCUAGUGGCUCGGUUAUGAAUUUCUGAAUUUCUAACUAAUAAAUUAUUUAAAUAACUAGGCAUAAUAUAGUUGUGCACCCACUUAUACACUAGUGCACAUCUCUUUAUUAGAGAUUGUUCAGUAAAAGGGAGCCAGUUUAGAUUAUUGAAUAAUACGACUGAUGGUGUAAAUCUUUCAGCAUCGAGUAUAAUGCAUACCGCUCUUUUUUGAAGUUUUAAAAUACUUUGAAAUUGUUUGUCAUUGCAGCUAUCCCAUAUCAUGCUCCCAUACAGGAGGGUGGGCUUUAUAACACCAUUGUAAUAAGUUUCCCUUUGACGUUGCUUAAGAAACGGGCUGAUAUGAUAUUUAUACAAUACAAUAAAAAAAAUGAUUAAUGAUUGUUUGUCGAUAUUGAAUUUCUCAUUUUGUAUUCAACUCAAAAUUUUACUCGUUCACUGCUAUCAUUCAUGAGAUAUCAAGUUUAAGACUUGAAGAGAAAUUCCAUAUGUACUUGCACUCAUUAAUUUUUAUAAUUUUAUACAACGUUACAUGUGCAUAGUAUUAUCGGAUAAUCUUAGAGAAUUGGUGUUGUUUGUUGUAAAACAUUCAUAGAAACUACAGACCUCUUUUAUUAUGUAUUCUAGAAACAAAAGAUCCCAGCCUAGUUCUAAGAAGCUGCUGCAAAACUUGACUUUUUCCAUGGAGAUGUUAAAUGCUCUUCAAAUUUUAAGUGUUAUAGUUUGGCCGCCAUGUGGCUAUUCUUCAUAGCUAAGUGAUGUGGCCAGUGGCAAACCAGUAAAAUGCACGAGGUGUCAUUUGUUAAUGUUUUUGUCAGCCUUUAUUUUUAUUGGUGACAAAUUUAUAAUAAAAAUUUGGCUGAAUUUGAAUGAAGUUAAGCUUGAAGCACUGAUUGACAAUAUACAACAAAUUAUCUUUUUCUUGGAUUAUCAUUACAUAAAGGGUUGAGGAUGCAAGUCAGAGAGAGAUAAAAGAUCAAUUAUGGACUGGAGUAGAGGUUUGUUUAGCGUCAGUUUACUUGAAACGUUUCCUUUUGCUUUGAUUGUAACUUUUUUUUUAAAGUCGUUGCCGUGUUUUUAUUGAACGCAUAAGUAGAGGUUCUGUUAGGUAAACGGAUUUUUGGGAACCUGAGAUGGAGCAACUUCGGCUUGUCUCUGUAUCUAGACUCAAAUGACAUGUACCAGUAGCAUUGCUACUUAGGAGCCACAUCAAGAUGUCACCUCCAUGCAUGCUACGGGCACCUCUCCAUAAUAGUGACCUAUUGGAUUGAAGGACUGUGAGAGCAUGAUGUCGUGCCCACUUUAAUGAUUACCUCAAGUAGGAUUUGAACCAGAUAAUCGGAGUUCAAAUUUCAGUCAUGUGGCCAAAAGGAAGCGAUAUCUUUCACUGUAAUACGAAUUUCAUUGAGCUCUGUUCUUUAUAAUUUUGUUUUGUUUUCUCUCUUUAUUUUUAAUUAUUGACUUAGAAUGCCUUGUCUCAACACAUGGCAAAAGAUGUUCUUACAUCUUUGUGUCGAGUAGCCCAGGACUCUGCAGUCAGCCUGCGGGAAUUGUCUGUAAGAAUUGAUCUAAAGAAAGAUGCUCAAGAACUCAAGUAGGUUUCGUUUCUGUUGAGAGUUCAGAACAAUAUCCUGUUACGAAACACAUUGUAAAUAUGCGAUUUUUUUCUUGUGCGUUGAGACGAACGGAGGCAAGCGCUUGUCAUGCGCAAGGAGAGGAGAGCGAAAAAAAUGUUGUCCCUCCCCUCGCGCAUGACUCGCGCUUAGCGCUCGUCUCGCACUCGUGUCCUGUUUGGAAGGCUAAAUGUACAUGAAAGUGGGAGGAAUAGAGCUCUGAUUGCCUCUGUUUUUUGCUUAUCACCUAUAAACCUAAACAAUAUUAACAAUCUGUUGUAAAGUAAGGUUAAAGAUAAUUGUUAGGACUUUGGUUUCCCUAUGCUCUCUGAGCGAAUACCGCUGUCUUCAGCUGUCUAGCAUGAAAGCCCCCUUAGAGUGCUGGUCCUCCUUCUGCUUAGGAUACUAACCAAUUGAAGGCAAACCGCCCCCCGGACAAUUUGUCGAUUUUCUUUGCCACUUACCUCGAAGGUCGGAUAAUGCUAUCCACCAGAAAAAUCUCUAUCCAGUGGAUAACGCUAUACGUUUUGCUAUCACUUACCCGUUGAAUAGCGAUUUAUCUGUUGGAUAGCGUUAUCCGCCCUUGAUACAACUGAGCCCUGGUUGAAGAUAAGGGUGGAAAGAGGCAUUGUGAGAGCUAUGUAUCCUUUUCAAGAAUAUAAUACUGUAAACCUGACCAGUCCUAGAGCAUUGAGUUGACCUCUUUAUCCUGAGUCCACCGCGUUACUUAUUUACUAACCAUCACCUAACCCGCUCUGUUUUGUUGUGAAAGCUUGGCUUGAAAUUUUUCUUUGUCAGGUUUAAAUAUGAAAACUGUGGCAAACUUACAGACACUUCAUCGCCACCUUCUUUGCUUCAAAGUGUUCACCAAUUAAUAGAGGUUAGUAAUUGUUGAAAUUGUUCCUUCUUGUUGCAUAAUUUGUACACUGUUAACCAGAAGGUCCACUCGGAUGAAGGUCGAAAUUUAGUGAACAGUCAAAAGACAAAGUGGAUAAAUUUCAACCCAAAUGACCGUGGCGGUUAUUCAAGGAAAUACUGUGUUUUCAUUAUUAUUAUCAUAUUUUGUAGAAAGGUCAAGCUGCCCAUUUUCAAAGGUUUGUUGAAUCUGAAAGAGGACUCAAUGAAGCCUGGCGAGGAAGACAAAGACUUCAAACUCUCCAGCAACAGUUGGAAGCUAAUUUUGUGGCCAGAUACCAAGACUCUCCUGGAAAUAUUGAACUGGCAAGGUAAGUCACUUGACAGAAAGCCGCAUCUCACUAAAAGGGAGACGCAGCUCGCUAGAAAAGAACGCGUCUGAAGAGAGACGACAUUGAUAUCUCGCAAGAAUUUCAUCGCUUGCAGUAAAAUUGUGUUAGUGCAAUUUAAUCGUCCGGGUGAUUGUAGUCCUGAGAAGGACUGUUUUCAGUAGUUGUGACUGAUGUUUUGAAGUGUUUUUCAUUUCGUUAGAGUUUUGCUUCACAAUGAAUUAGAGCUAGCAGCAUCAAAAGCCUCCUUGGAUUACAUGAAGGCAGCGAUGGCCGAACUGGCCGCGUGUAGAAAUGAAAGGCAAAGGGCCAAGGAAAUCUUGAUCAUGAAACACAAAAAGAUACAAGACUUUGAAAAACUAGCUGUGAGUUGUUUUAAACCCUUUGAUCUCUUAUCUAAUUUCUCCUUACAACGUCACCGCUGAAACAAACAUAAAGGUCACGAGAAUAAGGAAAUGAUCACAAACUAAAAGCUCUUGAUUGUUCAUAAAAUCCUCAUAAGCUUCUUAUAGGAAAUGUAGACUGAACAGUUUGGAGAAUAGACAAACUGAUGAUAGGGUGUAAAGGGUUGAUCGAGGAUUGGGUCUUGUCACGAAAAUAUAAACUUUUAGUCUUGUAAAUGUGAGUAAUCGUGUGAAAAAAGGGAAUCAAUUGAGGUGCGCAUAGAUCUAAAGGAAAAAAAUAUAAAACGCGAUUAAUGCUGAGAGCGAGAUGUAGUGGCAUUGUUCAUCUCAAAAUACUUAGUCUCACUCAGAUUAGCUUACGAGCAGGCUUACAUUAGGAGCGCUUUGGGACGAGCCUUUCGUUUCCCGCGGGAACUUAUGAGGCCUUUAGCAACACGAGCCAGCAAGAGGUCUGCAAAGGGUCAGGCACUUAUCAUAAUUAGUACCAGACCCCCGACAAACCUCGCCCUGACUCGUCUCAAACCUUCUCGUGGGCGGAGAAACGCAUGACCUGCAGCGCUAAUCAGUGAUAGCCUCCUCGGAGGCUACACUCAGACUGACCUCAGUGUCAUUCAAGUUGAAAAAAAAUUUGGUUUGCUUUGGUGGGUGGCACGUGUAUUAACCCUUCAAUCCCUGAGAGUGACUAGCAUCUAAUUUCUCCUUUCAAUAUCACCCCUGAAUCAAACUUUAAUGAGAAUUAAGCAAAUGAUCAUUAACUGAAGAACCUCUUGAUUGUUAAACAAAUUCUUCUUGUCAGCGCAUAAGGAAAUGUAUAGAGAACAGUAUGGACAAUAUAGAUACUGAUGUUAGGGUGUAAAGGUUUAAGUAAAACAAAACUCGUAGAUUUCUCUCGACUCUCGAUUGAAAAUUGUCUAAAUUUUAAUAUUUAUUUUCUUUGGUUUCAGCAAACCAAACAGGCUAUGAUCCAAGCUCUUGUCAAACAAAAUUCAAACGCCAGAACAAGGAUCGAGAAGCAAAAACAUGAGGUAUGUCACCAGUCUUCAUCUAUCCUUACGAGCAUCAACAAUGGUCCUUUAGACACCAAGUGGCACGUAGAGCAUCAACAAGAUAUCUCUAUUCCGACGCUCCCUACAGAGCGGGAGUUCAUCCUCAAUUACAGGUCGAUGGAUUUGGGACGUCCGCUGUUCGUCAUUUAGGAAACGCAUUUUGGUUGGAUCCACAUCCAAUAUUUGCAAGUCUUUUUUCCAUCCAGGGUACCAAAUAACGAAUCUUAGAUAUAGUCCCCUCUUUAAACUCUGUCAGAGAUAACUGAUCCCCCCUCCGUUCCCCUCCCCCCCGCACUUUCCAGCGUGAAGGAACUAAUCAGAGAAAUUUGAAAAUUAAUUGCUUUCGAUGGAUUUACAUUAGCUUAACAUCUCAGAGAAAUUGAAAUACUUCUUGUCUCAUGUGUUACAAACCGGGAAUCCAUUUUACUUUUAUUUUGCUAUUCUUAUUUAGCCACCAUUUGCAGAUGCAGGGAUGCGGCUUUGGGUUACAAAAAAAUGUCUCAAAAUCGUACAAAAAUCUGUCACCACAUCCAAAUGCAACGUUUUUACUCUACCAUAUUAUCUUAGAUAUUGGGCUCAGCUAACCGAAGGCGGUCUUAAUUCCUUCACAAACUUUUUUCAUCAUUUUUUUUAGAAACAUGCAGAUGAAGGUGCGUCAACCGCUGCUGGUAACCGGGUGAUGUGUUUUUGCAUCUUUUUUUUUGGAACUAUAUCGGUGUCGUGUUGGUGCUCAUUUUGGUGCUAUAUCAUAGAAUUCUUAACUUAAAAUCUCUCAUACCCUUUUGCUUACUUCUCAGCUCCUCCAGUACAUACAGCAAAAAAUCUGCUCGCACGAGGCACACGUAGUUGCCAUGACAAAACAACUACAGAACAGUACUGCACGUGAGGUGGAUAAGUUUGCUGCCUUACCUUUGGAUCAAGUUCAUUAUUCUGGAGUGGACAGGUGAGUAGUUAGUGGCUAUAGGCGAACCGAACCGCAAAAAUUUUUUGUCGCGAGGCAAAAAUUUCUCCAAUUCAGCCCUCAAAAAAGGAAGAAGAAAUAAAAGAAAUUCCGUGAACAAAACUUGUAGGUCAUGAAAAUAAAGGAAACGAUCGCUUUCUCAAGAAGCUUUUGAUUGUUAAUCAAAUUCUCCUUAUCGGAAUCAUUAGUACUCAACACAGAACAGUAUGGGGAAUAUGCAUACUUAUGUUAGAUUUUAAAAGUUGAUCUAGUUGAUCCUGUUCGCUUUCUGUGCGCAGUGCCAGAAGAGUCCCAAUCAGUGAAUUAUCAAUAAACCGCCUGGAGAAUCUCACCACCAGUGCAGGAGGAACAACAAUCAGAGCUGUUUUAGACAGUUUGGAUUUUCCAAUGUAUAAGGUGUGCACGAGACGCUCGUUCUGAACUAAAAGUAUCUUAGGAACAAGUUAUUAUUUUUUGCCUCAGUGGGGAGGGGGGGUAGAGAGGUGGAGGGAUUACUUAGUUUACUUCGAUCAGUCGGCCUACUGAAUAUAAACAAAGAAUAUAGAAAACUGACUGUUAAUUGACUGCCAAUUAACUGCCAAUGAGGGGGAUGGGGGAUGGGGGAUCAUAAGCGUGGAAAAAAUAAACUAACCUGUGACAUAACCAUGAUUAAUCCUCAGACCUUCAGAUUCCGUGCUCCAAUGCUUUGCCAUUGAGCUACUGGGAACUUUUUGGCAAGUUAGGCCAUAUUUAGGAUAAUUUGGUUUGAUAAACUGAGUUUAUCAUGUAAAUUGGCCAUUGUAAAGAGUUUCUAAAGCUGAUGUUUCUGACAAAGGGCUAACGCUCAAAACGUCAGCUUUUGAAACUCUUCACGUUGGUCAGUUUAUACUUUCAACUCAUUAGAUAAAACUAAAUUAUCUUCCUAUACCCCUAUCGAAGCAGCAUCACAGCUCCUUUAGAAACUUACCACCUUUAUUCGUGGGCCAUUUUUAGAUCCAUACGUGACACGCAUUUUGCAUACUGCAAGGAAAGCGUCAUAUUAGUAAAUGAAUUUAAAAAAAUGGUAAAUUUGUAGCUUCUUAGUGGAAUAGAGAAAAACUGUUUUUCGUCUUGUCACGAGCGGAGGACAAAACGUAAAAAUCACUUCCGGUUUGUUCCUAUCCAGGCUCCUGAAGAGCUGCUUCCAACAGCUAUGAAUCUGAAAGAGAAAGGUCAGUAUCUAGAACUUUUCGCUAUGAAUUGGAACUUUUUUCUUGUCGUUAUUAAAAUCUGUUCGUCAGUAGAUUCUUGACGUUCGUGUGUUUCUUAUCUUUUCAAAGUUGACGACGCUAAGAUUCUGGCACAAUCACGUGAUAGCAUGUUUUCUGAAGUCAACGGCGACAGGUCGUGUGAUAGGAUGGUUGUGCAUUUGAACGGUAAGUAGUGGUCAUCAUUAUUCAGCGUACAGGGAAGGAAGGGAGCCUGGGUGUUUUCCGGAGCUGAGAUCUGAGCAUAGUUAGUAAACUAUUUAGUAGCACUCCUACAACGGUGCGCUAGUUUCUGUUUUGUUGCAGCGAUUUUACAUUUUGGAAACAUUUUGCUUUACUUUUACUCAAAAACUCUCCUCUCUUACUCUUUGCUAUAAGUCUAAAAGCGUUGUAUCACAGAUGUUGCAAUCUGAUUGGUUACUACACCAGCUAUCUCUUCCGUGAUAGAUAUUGAGUAGAGUAAGUAACCUUAAUGAUUGCAGUUUUAAACAAGAUGAAUCAAAACAUGAGUCUCUCCUGUGGUUUGGUGUUGAGUCACCAAUAGAUUCAUACUAAAACAGUUAGAUUAUUCGUUCUCUAUUUAGCUCACAGCUACAUAUAUCGAUCACCUUGCCAUUAGCUUCUUACUCUGCCCGAACUAAAAGUCUUCCUCUAUUCUUCGACAGGCUUGAGGAGAGAAGUUGCCGAACAAGACCGCGCACAACUUGAUUAUAUUAUGCCACUGAUACAGAACGGGCUCAACAAAACCACCAAAGCUUUGUCAGACUGUAUCUCUGUCAAGGACGUUGUAAGCUCAUGGUAAGAUCUUAUUUUUAUUGGGGAAGGAGGGGAGGGGGGGGAGGACGUUGUAAGCUCAUAGUAAGAUCUUUUUUAUUGGGAGGGAGGGGAGGGCGUCUAACUAAAGCCUUAAUUUUCGUCAAUCACAGAUGAUUCUCGAGCGUGCCAACUGAUAUCUCAGUUUCAUACCAAUAUUCUGUUUAAUUUUUGUAGUAUUCUUGAUAAACUUAUGUAGGCUUUGAUCACUAAUGAUAGAGCGUUUUCGAUUGAGUAAAGCUUGUUUGGUAAGCGCAGCUUUAACGUUCUCUGUAGGUGGGAGCAACCAGCUCAGUUUGUUGUACCGUGGGUGAAGUUGGAUGACAUGAACAUGAGACAGUGGACAGACCAGUGGACAUUGUGCGCCACUCGUUUGAGACAACUACAGAUGAGUCACUGACAGAGGGGCUUGCGGUCGUGACGGACUGGAAUUUCGUAUGCUUUUUAUUUCAUAAAUGUAUUUUGGACAAAGUAAAUAGUUAACCUUAAAGGAAAGCUUUACCUUAAAAAACACAGACAAUAACAAAACACCCACAAAUGAAACAAAAAAAAUCGGGCCACAGCGGAAAUUAAAAUCCAGGCCAAAGUGUGAAAUUCGGUUUUGUCAUCCAGUCUGAUACAGGACCAAAGAAACUAUAAAAGUGAUUUAUUAGAAAUGACCUCUAUGUUUUAAGAUAGCUGAAAUAGCUUCCUGUGUUGAAAUAAAAUGGCAAUAAGGGA